AUGGAAACACAUAAAACUGAGGAUCGGCACCAGUCCGAGUAUCUUUAUCGACCUGAUAUACUUCAGAAGCUAGAUUUUAGCAAAAGUCCAGCCGUUUUCAAUCCAAAAAUUAGUGCUGUAAAUCCUGGAGCUGACUGGAUGGUUGUUAGACCAUUGCAGCGAGGAGAUUUUGACAAAGGAUUCCUACAAUUACUUAGUCAACUAACAAGUACUGGAAGCAUCACAAGAAAACAAUUUGAUGAGCGAUUCACACAAAUGAAGAUAUCCGGUGGCCACUAUGUAACAGUGAUUGAAGACAAGCGCUCAUCAAAAAUAAUCGCAGCCGCCACCCUCACAGUGGAACAGAAGUUUAUCCACAAUUGUUCCUUGCGUGGCCGUUUAGAAGACGUAGUUGUUAAUGAUACUUACAGAGGAAAACAACUGGGAAAGUUAAUAGUUGUAACAGUAUCACUACUGGCUCAAGAGUUAGGCUGCUAUAAAAUGUCUUUGGACUGCAAAGACAAACUUAUAAAGUUUUACGAGAGUCUUGGAUAUAAACUUGAGCCUGGCAACUCCAAUGCAAUGAACAUGAGAUUCGAAGAAGAUCCCUCCUGA